UCGUACCCUCGAUAGUACCACCAUCUUUAGGAUUCCACGGGAAUGGGAACAGUCUUUCGGCCAGUGUAGGGCCAAAUAGUGCGCAAUUAGCAGCUCGACAAGUAAUGCCACGCGAAUUGCCGAGGUUUAGCGGGGAUCCUCAGGAUUGGCCUAUGUUCCACAGUUCUUUCAAAAACACGACGGAGGUCUGCGGAUAUUCCGACGCUGAAAAUCUAGCCAGAUUACAGCGUAGUUUGGGAGGGGCAGCACUGGAAGCAGUUAGAAGUCGCUUACUCCUGCCAGCAUCUGUACCCUACGUGAUGGAAACGCUACAUAAGCUGUAUGUUAGACCAGAGAUUUUAAUAAGUUCUCUUCUGAAGAAGGUGAGAAAUGUUCCGCCGCCAAAGUCGGAUAACCUGAGCUCGAUCGUUGCCUACGGAUUGGCAAUUCAAAAUCUUGUCGAUCAUAUCAUUCUGUCUGAUCAGCAAGCACAUUUGUGGAAUCCAAUGUUGCUCCAGGAGUUGAUCGAUAAAUUACCCACCUCACUGAAGAUGCAAUGGGGUACAUUCAAGCAAGCGUUUGCGAACGUCAACUUGGCGACAUUCAACAGUUUCAUGUCGGGAUUAGUAAAUCUGGCUUCCGAGUUGAGUAUCGAUGUGAGUUCUGUCCAGAACUACCACCAGCCACAGCGAGCGGAGAAGUCAAAGCCGAAGGAGAAGCUUUUCACUCAUGCGAACGAACCACCAAGCGUAUCGAAGGAGUUUGCGAUAAAAGGACAUACGUCAAAAGCGUGCUCCUAUUGUGAGGAAGACAGUCAUCUGAUCCUAAACUGUCCUCGCUUUAAAUCAUUGGACAUCGGAGGCCGAUGGAAGGUGAUGCGGCAGAAAAACCUAUGUCGACUGUGUUUAAUCCCGCAUAGUAAAUGGCCGUGUCGUUCAAAAAAGGAAUGCGGGGUAAACGGGUGUCGCGUUCGACAUCAUAUGCUGCUGCAUAGUAAUCGUAGCGAUACUUCCGACGGUUCAAGGUCUGGAGAGAUUGUUCACCAAAAUCACCAUUCUACGAAAUCAUUUUCAUUGUUCCGCUACCUGCCAGUAACACUGUACGGAGACGGGAAACAAGUAGAAACAUUCGUAUUCUUGGACGAUGGGUCGUCAUGUACACUACUCGAGGAAGGAAUCGCAGCACAGUUGGGCAUAGAAGGUGAACCUGAUAACCUGUGGUUGAGUUGGACCGGCAAGAUUAGCAGGCACGAGAAGACUUCAAAGCGAAUGAGCGUGAAAAUAUCCGGUAAUGGACAUAGGGAAACGUUUCAACUAGCCAACGUACGCACGGUGCGGGAAUUAGGCCUUCCAAGUCAAACGUUGGACUAUACAGAGCUGUCGAAUACGUACCCGCAUCUUCAAGGCCUUCCUGUGGCCAGUUACACCGAUGCAAAGCCCGGUAUGAUCAUCGGACUUGAACAUGUACGGUUGUUAACAAGUUUGAAGACCCGUGAAGGCAGCAGCAACGAACCAGUAGCAGCUAAGACUCGGCUUGGUUGGUGCGUGUACGGGAGAAAUAACGGAACUGAAGGUUCAAUUGAACAAGUGCACGUCCAUACUUGCGGAGAGAUAACGAAUAGCGACCUACACGAUUCAAUGCGAAAGUUCUUCGCAGUUGAAGAUGCUGCUUCCGUGCAGCAGUUGGAAUCCGAGGAGGACAAGCGAGCACGCAGUAUUCUUGAGGCAACUACGGUACGAAAGGGAAGUCGAAUGGAGACGGGUUUGCUUUGGCGAAAAGAAGACGUGAACUUCCCGGAUAGCUACCAAAUGGCGAUCAGCCGUUUGAAAGGUUUGGAGAAACGACUGGCGAAAGAUCCCGAGCUGCGUAAGAAAGUCAACGAGCAAAUUGAGAGCUACGAACAGAAGCAGUACGUCUGCAAAGUAUCAUCGGCAGAGAUGGCGAACGCAAACCCUCGGCGAGUGUGGUACCUCCCGUUAGGGGUGGUGACGAAUCCCAAGAAACCAAACAAAAUCCGACUGGUGUGGGAUGCGGCCGCGAAGGCUUGUGGAGUUGCUUUCAACGACAUGCUUCUCAAGGGCCCGGAUCUACUCGUAUCGCUAGUGAACGUCUUGUUGCGAUUCAGGGAAGGCAAGAUAGCAGUAUGCUCCGAUAUCCGAGAGAUGUUCCUGAGAAUUCUUAUCCGGGAGGAAGACAAGUGGUCACAGUGCUUUGUAUGGCGUAGCUGUCCGUCGGAUGAAGUUCAGAUAUACACAAUCAACGUCGCUAUGUUCGGGGCAACCAGUUCCCCGUGCACGGCUCAGUUCGUGAAGAACAAAAAUGCUCUCGAAUACGCGCAAUCAUACCCCAGAGCGGUAAACGCAAUCAUCUACAACCAUUACGUGGAUGAUUUCCUUGACAGUGUCAACUCGGUAGAAGAAGCAGUACAGCUUGUCAAACAAGUGCAGUUUAUCCACGCAGCAGCGGGGUUCGAAUUCGGCAAAAUUAUGUCCAACUCGCAGGAGGUUCUUGAUCGUCUUGGGGAAACUAGUUCGCCGGACAGUAAGUCACUAGUAUUGGACAACGAUCACACGUAUGAGCGCGUCUUAGGUGUAGUGUGGGUUCCAUCAGCGGAUCACUUCACCUUCGACCGAUAUGGGGUCGUAGGCGUUUUGGGCAGUGACCAAACAGUUCCAACGAAGAGACAGGUGCUACGAAUCGUGAUGAAGCUGUACGACCCUUUGGGAUUUGUGGCGCAUUUCGUAGUACAGGGAAAAAUCUUAAUGCAAGAGAUUUGGAGAACGGGAACAAAUUGGGACGAGCCCAUAUCAGAGCAACUGUAUGAUCUGUGGAGUAGGUGGAUCGAGCUGUACGAGACGAUUGAUGAAGUGCAAGUACCGCGUUGCUUCUUCGAGAAUUCUACAACGCCAGAGGUGGACGAAAUCGAGAUUCACGUGUUCACGGAUGCUAGCGUAGCGGCAUGCGCGUGUGUAGUGUAUCUGAGGAUGGCAAACAGCGGCGGUAGUUGGUGUUCGCUAGUAGCAGCAAAAACUAAAGUCGCACCACUUCGUGCGCUCUCCAUCCCGCGCUUGGAGCUACAAGCUGCUAUGAUGGGAGCACGAUUGCUGCACAACGUUUGUUCGGCACUCACUCUCAACAUACAUAAACGCUACCUGUGGACGGACUCCAGUACAGUUCUGGCGUGGCUUCGCUCGGACAGUCGCCGAUAUCACCAGUUCGUCUCGUUCCGAGUCGGAGAAAUUCUUUCACUCACCAGCGUAGAUGAGUGGCACCACGUACCUUCGAAGCUAAACGUAGCGGAUGAUGCCACCAAGUGGAAUUCAGGACCAUCGUUUGAUCCGAAUAGUCGCUGGUUUCAAGGCGGGUUCCUACGAAAUGCGAAAGACCAGUGGCCAAAGCAAUCAAACAAGGUAGAUGAAGUAGAUGCGUCAAUCGAAGAAAUACAAAUGGUAGCUGUACAUCUGACGUCGGAGGAGAUCGUGGACAUCGAACGCUUUUCAAAUUGGAAUCGUUUAGUUCGAACGAUGGCCUACGUUCAUCGGGCGAUAAGAAGCUGGAAGCAGAUUGGGAAUAGUAAACACCGAAGACAAAAUCCAGAUCAAGAGGAUUUCGUAAAGGCAGAAGAAACCCUUUGGCGUCAGGCUCAAUCGCAGGCAUACAGUGAAGAGAUUCAUCAACUAAAAAUCGAUGGCAGCGUUGACAAACGGAGUUCACUGCGUUCGCUGCUCCCUUUUUCCGACGAGCACGGAGUCAUGCGGGUACGAGGUCGGAUUGGAAACGCGCCGCAUAUUCCGUACGCGGCAAAGUAUCCCGUAGUAUUGCCGAGGGAACAUCGCAUAACUUUUCUUCUGGUGAAUUACUACCACCAACGGUUCCUUCACGCCAACGGAGAAACUGUGUACAACGAACUACGCCAGAAGUUUUACAUUCCGGAGCUUCGAAUGCUAAUACGUAAAGUUGGCAGGAGUUGUCAGUACUGUAAGGUACAGAAAGCUGUUCCAGUGCCGCCGCAGAUGGCGCCACUUCCGAAGGAACGCCUAACCCCAUUCGUCCGGCCGUUCACGUACGUUGGCGUCGACUACAUGGGGCCCUUCGAAGUCAAAGUCGGCCGCAGUCUGGUGAAAAGAUGGAUCUGCUUGUUUACCUGUCUUACGGUACGGGCGGUUCAUCUGGAGCUAGCACACAGUCUUUCAACAUCGUCCUGCGUGAUGGCCUUUAGGAGAUUCGUGGCCCGACGGGGUGCGCCGCUGGAGGUUUUCUCCGAUAAUGGCACUAACUUUGUCGGAGCCAAUCGCCAGCUGUCGGAAGAAAAACAGAAACUUCAAGAGAUCGUCGUAGACUGCGCCAACACAUUCACCAACGCACACACUCAGUGGCACUUCAACGUUCCUGCAGCCCCGCACAUGGGGGUACCCUGGGAGCGCAUGGUCAAGUCAGUGAAAGUCGCAAUGAAAGCUGUUUCUGACAGUCCCCGGCAUCCUAGCGACGAAGUAUUAGAAACGAUCAUGCUGGAGGCCGAAGGUAUUGUGGAUUCGCGACCGUUAACCUAUGUUCCCCUGGAAGCUGCAGAUCAGGAGGCACUCACACCAAACCACUUCCUGUUACAUGGGUCGAACGGAAUCAAGCAACCAGCAAGCGAACCUGCGAUCACAGGAAACGUUCUUCGGGACAGCUGGAAGCUGGCCCAGCACAUUGGAAACGAAUUCUGGCGAAGGUGGAUCCGGGAAUAUCUCCCAAUGUUGACACGGCGGGUGAAAUGGUUCGAUACCGUGAAGCCCCUGGAACCUGGCGAUCUAGUCGUCAUAGUCGACGAACAUGCGAGGAACCGCUGGGAACGAGGACGCAUCCUGGAAACCUUCCCGGAUAAGUCCGGACAGGUGAGACGCGCAACAGUACAGACUAAUAGAGGUGUGUUCGAGAGACCUGCUGUAAAGCUCGCUGUUCUGGACGUCGUAAGCUGUAACCAGAAGUCGGAUGAAGCCGCUGCGGGACCGGUAAUGGUUCACGGGUCGGGGGAUGUCGCCGAUACCCCUUGUUGUGGCGCGUCACUGGUGAACCAUAUGUCCUAUCCCUCGCUAACCUAACAUCACGACCAGGCAGUGCGAGCGCUUUGACAGAUGAUCAACAUGAUUAGUCAGCAGAAUUGAUAGCGAAGUGACAAAAGUAAUCCAACUCACGUUUUUCCGUACAAUCACAGUUCUGUCGCGAGUUGUAAUUAAAUUAAUAGUAGUUAUUAUACGUUGCACUAUAUUAGCCACACAAGUGGAAACCUAAUUAAAAAGCAGAGACUAGAAAGUGAAUUCAGAAUACACUGGAGUAUCCUUCCACUGUAAAACAGGAACCUGAAAAGAUAGGGAAACACUGUAAAUGUAAGCAAACACACAUACAAAUACUUACCAAUUACCACUAAUGAAAUUCAAUAAAUUACAGCCUUUUAGCUGUGCAGUAAUCAACUAAAAGAACGGUGUUUGUUCCGACUUCGGGAACACACGUCAAUAUACGAAGGCUUGAGCCCUUCGCGAUCAUCUAACUUAACACUCCGGUAAAAAGGUGAACGUUAUAGUACUUACAAAGUUACAAACGCCGUCUCAAUCGCGAACCUGCAGACGUUCGUGUGCGCGUGAUUAUGUCGGGAAAUCUUUACCCUACGUCUUAGCAACUUAGGUGAAUACAUUCAGCUGGACCAAUAAAAAAAUGAAGCUCAGAUCCACUAGACAACACGUUCCAUGGUGACAUUACUGGGAACUCUAAAGAUAUGGAAUAACCCACUUUCUUCUUGAAUCUGAACUGUACACCAAAAAUUAAGCAUCAAAUUCAAGGUCUGCGCGCGAUCAUUUAAGAACACUCGCGAAUAUGCGAAAGACACACGGUUAUAAAAUCGCAUUUUAACGCGAAGUUAUUUCAACUCCCCCGCGAUCGAACAAGUGUACGUACAAAUGCUCGAGCCCUUCACGAUGAUACACGCGAUCGCGAAGUCCCUACGCCCGUACAUAUCUGAACCGUACAAUGAAUAUAACUUUCAGAGUCACAGCCCGCUGCAAUUGGCCUUAAGUAGUAUUUUAGUGGGCUACAUUGCCUGGCUCGUCUGCAAUUGUAGUGAGUGAUUCUGACUUUCGAGAACCUUGCUCUACAACUGCAGUAGGACAACCCUCGAAAAAAUAGAAGUUUCAAGUUCGAAUUCGAUUUUUUGAUGCCGGAUGUCUACUGUGCGUGGGGUAUCGGAAUCCGAUGUCGUUCCGAAGGGGGUAUCUAUUUUUGAGUCGAUUUUUUGGCUUGUGGGUCAGCAUCAGGCUUGUUAUUUGCUCACACAAUGUGCCACAAAGAGCGAAAUACACCGAUUAAAAAUAGAGCAGCACAAAAACACUGCGAUGUGCAGAACGACCGCUCAAAGAGAAACUUGAGAACGAAAAAGAGUAAGAUUUCGGUCAAAGAGUCACCUUGAGGAGCCACUUUUUUGUGCCUCCCCUCAGGUAGGAAGGCGAAUCAAACUACAAAUCAGAUAAAGUUUGAUCGGAAGAACGUUUUAAAAAUGUUUUUUGGUUGCCUUCUCUACUUACGUGCGUGUGGGACCAAGAUACACAAUAAAGAGCCUCUUUAUUUCUACUCUUUGUGACGUGCAGCCAUGGAGUAGAAUACACGUGUGGGAGCAACACGCAUCGGAGUGAAGAAGUUUAUUGUGAAAGAGAAGAGCGGUGGUUCGCAUGAAAAGUGCAAAGAGCUUUUGUUAAUCUUCUCUUUAUUUGCUCUGAGGUGCAUAACAUCCCUGGUCAGCAUGCGACUUGAGUUUCGAGGUGCGGCUAUU